AUGCGUGAUAUGGUUAUGCAGAACAGGAACAAACAACUUACAGUUGUUAAUGGUCGGCUAGCACAUGUUAUUCAAAUGGAAGGAAAUACGGUUUUCCUAAAACUAGCAAUUGAGAACAUUGUGCAAAUGUACCCUGUGUCUUUUCCAACAGAUGAUGGUACUAUAAAAACAGCCAUACCUCUCAUGCCUGCAUACGCACUGACCAUACCAAAAGCACAAGGUAUAACUGUAGAGCAGUGUAUUGUUUGGCUUGAUACUCCUGUUGUUGCACCCGGAGGGGCAUAUGUCGCACUUUCUCGUUGUAGACAAGAAGAUAAUCUUCGUUUUAAGGUCCCUAUAUUGUCCUCCCAAGUGACACCUGUUUCCUUUGCAUAAUUCGUAGUCGACAAAAAGCAAUAACACUCGUAUUACUUUGAGAACUAUGCAUUGUCACAUUUUAUUGCACAUUUUCCAAUAACACACAUAACACGAAACGUAUAUGACAAGUUCGGAAAAACAUAUUACUACCAUAACGGAAUUUCAACUGUCACAAAUAAAAUUUGUCAAUCCAUAUACCCAUAGUAUUUAACAGUAAAAUAUCAUUCAAUGUUGCAGCUAAUUCGUGUAAAUCAUUUUCUAUUGAUGCAGAUGAGUCAGCCGUCAUCUGCAAAGUCGCCGAUCAAACCCCAGGGGGGUCAAAUGGUGGCAGCAGUGUGUCCACAGUUUUGUAA